GUCGACGACAACCGCACUACAAGCCGGAGACUAUAUCUAUCUCGUUACGAACUCCGGAAAGCGAAUGCGAGCUGUGCCGCGGCUGUCGACAAGAUCGAUCCGGCAUCGUCUGAAGCGAACUGGGCAUAGUGUGGGAUCAUCCUUGUGCGCGAAGAUUCUCCCGACCCACCAUCGGCAGCAUCGUCCACACGUACCUCACCUUCGCAUUCGCAUUGUUCCCUCAUCCUGCGGCUUGAAACCGCGAGACGGUCCGUUGCGACGAUAGCCUGAUCGGUUGGUCACACUGUCGAGGCCCAAAGCUUUGGUCUCGGGUCACGGUAGUUCGCUGCAAUGCCGCGCCUCGGCCACAAAAAGUCCAGACUAGGCUGCCAGCAAUGUAAAGCCCGCCAUGUAAAGUGUGAUGAACUCAAGCCGUGUACCAACUGCGCCCGCCAUGGCGUUCCGUGUAGCCUCGUCGUAUGGGAUCCCAGCGCAUCCCAGUCAGCUCAUUCGGCAUCUUCCGCAUCGUCUGCAUCACGACGUACGAAUCAGUCACCGCUCGAACGAUCUAUACCUGGCUCAUCGGCAUCGUCUGCCCACGUGGCCUACCCGCGCAACCCGUCGACCGCAGCCGGAGCGAGGGCCGUCUCGACUAUUUCGGAAGAGGAUUCUUCCGACUCGCAGUCGGACGCAUACCCUUUCUUGACUAGAUAUAUACACAGAAAUCAACCGAGUCAGUCGUCACUAUGGCUGCGGGACUUGGAGCUCUUACACCACUGGACAACAGAGGCAUUUGAUACCCUGUCUCAGCGACCUACUAUUCGGCAUAUGUGGAGAGUUGAGGCUCCCAAACAAGCCAACUCGCAUGACUUUUUCAUGCAUGAAAUUUUGGCCUUUGCGGCGCUACAUAAAGCAUAUCAACAACCCCAAGAUCAACGGCAACCAUACUAUGCUUGUGGUAUCCAUCAUCAGGAUCUUGCCAUUCGGGGAGUUCGAGAGAAGCUUCAAAACGUAACAGACGAAGAUGCCCCGGCGAUCGUAGCUACGUCGACGCUCCUCACUUUUAGUGUGUUUGCUUCAACUGGAUUCGAGGCUCAGACACCCGCUACUGCACCUGCCAACGACAUUGAUAGUCUCGUCAAUGCCUUCCACCUCAUGCAAGGUAUGGGCCACGUUCUCGCGCUGGCUCAGAUGGCAGUGAGGGACUCUUUUCUUGGCCCGAUAUUGAGAGAUCCGUUGGAACCCACUGCAACGCAGCCCGUGCUGCUAGAGUUGCAAAAUCACUUACCAGCACUAAUUGCAUUCAUUGAAGGGAAUAGUGAUCUGUCAGAGGGUGAACGAAAGCUCUAUCUCGCUACCAUUUCGUUAUUCGAUCCCGCCUUCCAAAUAUCGUUGCCCGCUCGAGUCGACAACCGGGAGCUACGUUUCCUUUUCUUUUGGCCUCUGCAGUUAGGGCCAGAAUUUAUGGAAGCUAUUCAACAGCGAAGGUCUGGCGCGGUUGUAAUUCUCAUGUACUACGCUACUAUAUUCCAUGCAGCUGAAACGCGAUACUGGUUCAUGGAGGGCUGGGGACAACGGGUGACGAAGGCAUGUCAUCAGGUCCUUGACCAGAGCUGGGCGCCCAUUGUUCAGUGGCCUCUGUCUUUUCUCGAACAGGGAAGCUCGUGGGACUUGUUCGCAAAUGUUAUAAAUCGGGCACAAGUUCCUGGGUCAGGAUCAUCAGCUUCUCAGCAGCCAUCGGCAGAAACAACACCCCUGAGGGAGACUCCGGCAUUCGGAUCUUCAACGUCCGGCGCCGAGCCAUCGCAAUCUUACUCUAUCCAGCGACGAGGCUCGAAGUACGCCGUUCAGAUGGGUGCUGCAGAGGACGAACAAGUUCCGGGAGAAGACUAAUACCGAGCUUGGCCUCAUGGCCAGACCUCUCACCACGGCCCGGCAAGCUCGCAGCUGACACCAUAGCACACGAGUGUGGCGCGAUCUAUUAUACAUAAUCACGAUGUUGGCACAUAAUGGACCUGCAGUUUUCUAGCGGCAGUAUAGCCUCGGGUCGAUCCCAUCAUCCCAAUUGAGUGGUACCGCCGGGACGGUACCCGCAUUAGCAGCGGCUGCUGGCCGCGCACCAUGGCCGGCAGUACAACGAGAUCCACGGCCAAUGAAUAAUAAAUUGCGGCGUAGUUGUUGCAAUCCCGAUCACUUCACAACCUUUGAGCAACGUCAUUGUGAGCUGAUGCCUGUGGCGUGAAGACGA